AUGACACGAUAUAGUGCAGAAGAAUUAGAAAGACAAUUCAAGCAAGUAGCAAAACUUCGUAAAGGAAAGAAAGAAUACGAGGAUGAUGCUGAAAGUUUAACCGAGAUUAAAAAAGAUCUGCAAAAAUGCACUAGUAGCCAAGAAUAUGAAGCGAAAAAGGCUAACUAUAUCAGAAAAUGCGAAGAAUCAAUUAACGGUUUACAAACUCAAACUAGUUCUUCUAGUUCCAUGUUUGGUGUUUGUAUCAUUUGGGCUGAUCAAGCAACCAAUAAAAAUGUUAUUUCAAAAUUAAACUUGUUAAAACUGGAGCAGAAACAAAUUGAAAAAAGUAUUGAGCAGAAUAGAAAGAAGGCUAUGGAUAAAAACAUUGACCCAGCUGAAAAAGUGCUUCUUUUACAAUUGAUUGAGGAAGAUGGUAAAAAGUUAACAGUCAAUUUAGAAAAACAAAAAAAUAUUGACGAGAAAUUUAAAUAUGAUCCUAGUAAACAUGUUUCAGAUUUACUAAGCAAAAUUAAAGAAGCGAUCGAGAGAAAAGAUAAUAAUUCAACUUCUCGUAAUCCGAAAGCAUCUAAAAACCCAACUGAUCCUAAUAACUCUGAUUCAGAAGAUGAUAUUUCUUCAGAAGAAGCAAGAAAUGUUCCUAAUAACAACAAUCAAGAUGACCAUCAACCAACUAAUUGA